AUGGCGACAACAACAACGAAGAAGAUCAACAACACGAUGCUCUUUGGCUUCGUGCUCGUCAUAACAAUUCUCUUGGGUUGCUGCUCGGCGACGAUCUACAAAGUGGGAGACUCCGAUGGAUGGACGACGAAGGACGACGUGUAUAACAGUUGGGCCGAACGUAAGGAAUUCCACGUCGGUGAUUCACUCGUCUUCGAAUACGACCGUAACCUCAACGACGUCACUCAAGUGUGGGGCGCUUUGGAGUACCAAUUCUGCGACACUUUCUCUCCUAAAGCCGUCUACAACACAGGGCACGAUAUCGUGACCCUCACGGAACCAGGGUUUUACUACUUCAUCAGCUCAAAUCGUGUUCAGUGCCAAUUGGGACAGAGACUCGACAUUCUUGUCGUCCAUGACCCGUCACGUCCGAUCCCUCCACCACCACCGAGCAAGGUCUUGUAUAUCGGAAAGACCUACAAGGUCGGUGGCUCCAAAGGAUGGAAGGUUUACGACAGCGACUUCUAUAACAAGUGGGGCGAGGAGAAAGAGUUUCAUGUCGGAGACAAGCUUCUUUUCGAAUACGCCAACGAAGCCAACGACGUGUACGAAAUCAGCGGUCAUCUUGAGUUCAAAACCUGCGACCCGGUUUCUCCUGUAGCCGUGCACAAGACGGGACACGAUCUCAUCAGGCUCACCAAACCGGGAGUCCAUUAUUUCAUCAGCUCCAAGACCGGUCAUUGUGCCGCUGGCCUCAAGCUCCGAGUCGUGGUGCUACCCGUUAAUUUCUCCAAGAAGAUGGAGUUGUAA